GUGACCGUAUCGGAGAACAUUACAGAUGGAUUUAGAUUUUCGCCCCGCUAAAAUGUUAAAUAUGUUAUCUCUUUUCUCUCUGGUGAAUUGGACUUUUACCUUUCAUCCAAUAACUCUCCCCAGCCGUAUGUUAGUGAGUCAUGUUUAUCGCUCUUUACAAGACUAUGACUGGUUAAACUGCAUUCAAGCUUGCCAAGAUGAUCCCCAUUGUAUCUCGUACAACUUUAUUCACUCCACUCAUAGUCUUGGUGUUUGUGAAAUGAUCGAUUGCGGGCUGGAAGACUUAUGUGACAUAAAAGGCCACCUGAUGUUCUUAGAUGGAGCAGUAUUUCAGCAACUGGCUUCACCAAGGGGCCGUGAAAUUUGCGAGUCGUUAUCAAAUACUCGGAUUGGAAAAAAAGAUUUCAGUUUAUUGUUCCCUGCCGAGGGAGCUGAUGGUAAUUUCGUGCGGAAACGUGGGAUGGCUCAUCUACCACAGCUUAGCGUUUGCUUCUGGAUGAAACCUUCCCGCGGUCAUCACAUGACCAUCUUCAGUUACUUAGGAACUAAAGAAACCAAAGAGUUGAUGAUGAUUCUGAUGGACACGAAGCAAGUGGAGCUCACAGUGGGGACAGAAUCCAAAGCGAUCUCUGUGACAAUAAAUGAUGGCGACUGGCACCACAUCUGUACUACGUGGGAUAACACAGACGGAUCGUGGGCGUUCUUCAAAGAUGGCGUCGCGAUCAGCAAUGGCAACAGUUUUAAAGCUGGUCACAUCAUUCCCUCAGGAGGAAGUUUGGUCCUUGGUCAAGAGCAAAUCACAGAUAAAACCUUUGAGCCACGGCCAUUCAUUGGUGAGCUGGGAAAUUUCAACAUUUGGAACGAAAUUGUGUCCGCCAUCGAGGUUUCACAGAUGUCGAAAAGGUGCUUAAAUGGGAAGGGAAGCGUGUUGCACUGGAACUCCUUUCGAUUUGGUAUUAACGGAAAAGUAAAAAUCGUUAAGCCGUCCUCGUGUACUCCAAACGCAUUUCUUUACUAGUGUUUAACCGUAUUUAACAAUCAUAGGUUUCCUUUCUAUUCUACAAGCCAGCGAAAACUUGAAUUUUCGUUUCACAAGCUCAAGCAACCCUAUAUUUUGAUGUGGGAUUUUUAAGACUUGUUUUAGUUAGUUUUCGGACAGGCAUUGGAUGCCAUUUGACGAUGCUGUAGCACAGGCAGCGACUCAGUGGAAUAUGUAAAGUCAGAGUAACCUUUCUUGGGGGUUGAAUCCUAGAGCUCUUUAUUAACCGCAGCUUCUCAGGACAGACCGUUUCCAGUCUCAGUCUAGGUUCAAGGCUCCUAACCAGAACGCUAACAGUAACGAUAUAAACAGUAGUCAAAAAAUUACAACAGUCACUUUUGAAAAUGUAUGUUGCUUACCAUUAGAAAAGUCGAGUUUAAUAUAAAUAUGUGUUGGCUUACCAUGUUUAUUCCCGCUGUUUGCGUGGAGAACAGAUUUGAUUCCCUUACUUUAACUUUAACUUUAUUGAAUUUGCAUUUUGCUGCAUGUACAAUAAAAAGAAAGAAAGGAAAAUAGCAUCAGCAACUGGAGCAGAAAACAGGACGAUGUCCCAGUUGAAUAUUCAACCCCAAUAAAUAUUAACAAAAUAGUAAUAAUAAUUAUAAUCGUAGAGGUAGUAGUGAAAGAAGUAAUAAUUACUACUUAUUACCUCCUAAUUGUUAAUUUUCCUUGUUCUCCUAAACUGCCUACUUUCUAAUGAAAUGACUCUGUAAAUUGAAUUUAGAUCUUGAUGGCAAUUGGAAAUAAACAAUGCCGAGGGUAAAUGACAAAAUAAGGUAGGUAAAGUCUGCAUAUGAGCCAAGUGGCUCAUCAGGCCGGAGCUUAUCCCGGUUUCAGUAGCAUGAAGC